GGCGGCGGCCGCGGGAUGGAGGCGGCGGGAGGCGGCGGAGCCGCGGCCCCGGGCAGGGCCCGGCCGGGACAGCCACAACCCCAACCCCAGCCACAACCCCAGCCCCAGACACAGCCCAAGGGCCGGGAGCUCUUCAGGAGCCAGCGGAAGGAGUCCGAGGGCUCCGUGGAUUGUCCCAACCUGGAAUUCGAGUACGGGGAUGCCGACGGCCACGGCGCCGAGCUGGCAGAGCUGUACAGCUACACCGAGGAGCCUGAGCUGAGCCACAACAGGAGAUGCUUCGAGGAGGAUUUUCACACUCAAGUGCCCGACAGGAGGUGGCUGGAGCUGGACAGGGCUCAGCAGAAGGCCUAUGUCAUGCGCCUGCUGGAUGGGCUGGAGGUGGUCAACAGGGACAAGAGGCUCAAAGUAGCACGGGCCAUCCUCUACCUGGCACAGGGUGUCUUUGGGGAUUGUGAUAAUGAAGGUGAUGUCCUGCACUGGUCUCGGCACAACAGCUUCCUCCUGUACCAGCUGGGAACCUUCUCCGCCUUCCUGGAGCUGCUCAACAUGGAGAUUGAGAACAGCCAGGCCUGCAGCAGCGCCCUGCGGAAGCCGGCCAUCUCCCUGGCCGACAGCACAGAGCUCAGGGUCCUGCUCAGUGUCAUGUACCUGAUGGUGGAGAACAUCCGUGUGGAGCAGGAGACGGAUCCCCCCGAGUGGAAAACCUGCCGGGAGACCUUCAGGAUGGAGCUGAGUUUCCCUGUGCACACUGAGGAGCCGUUUGCUCUGCUGCUCUUCACGAUGGUGACCAAGUUCUGCAGCGGCCACGCUCCACACUUCCCCAUGAGGAAGGUCCUGCUCCUGCUCUGGAAGGUUCUCCUGUUCACUCUGGGCGGGUUCGAGGCGCUGCAGGCCAUGAAGGUGCGGCGGCGGGAGGAGCUGGGGCUGCCGCCCCUGCCCGAGGACAGCAUCCAGGUGGUGCGGGGGAUGCGAGCGGCCUCCCCGCCCACCUGCGCCAUCGAGCUGGUGGAGCAGCAGCAGCAGCAGCCGCCGCAGCAGCAGCAGAAGCGCGGCCAUCGCAGCCGCAGGCCCCUGAUGAAGCAAGACAGUUUGGAUAUCUACAAUGAGAGAGAUCCCUUCAAGAACGAUGAAGGAGGGGUUGAUGAAGAGGAGAACGACGACGUGGACAGCGGGAUCGAGGGGGAGCUGGACCUGAUGGAGAGGGAUGCGAUCAUCCCCGCCAUGCCGGCGCAGCGCCUGCCCAUCGAGAGGGUGUCCUUCCCCAAGGGGCUCCCCUGGGCCCCCAAAGUCAGACAGAAGGACAUCGAGCAUUUCCUGGAAGCAAGCAGGAACAAAUUCAUCGGAUUCACGCUGGGACAGGACACCGAAACCCUGAUAGGGCUCCCGCGGCCGAUCCACGAAAGUGUGAAGACCCUGAAGCAGCACAAGUACGUUUCCAUCUCAGAUGUCCAGAUCAAGAACGAGGAGGAGCUGGAGAAGUGCCCCAUGUCUCUGGGGGAAGAGGAAGUCCAAGAAACCCCAUGUGAGGUCUUGUACCGAGCAAUGCUCUACAAUCUCCCGCAGUACAUGAUCGCUCUGCUGAAGAUCCUCCUGGCUGCUGCACCCACCUCCAAGGCCAAGACUGACUCCAUCAACAUCCUGGCAGACGUGUUGCCUGAAGAGAUGCCCAUCACCGUCCUGCAGAGCAUGAAGCUGGGCAUCGACGUGAACAGACACAAGGAGAUCAUCGUGAAGAGCAUCUCGGCGCUGCUGCUGCUGCUGCUCAAACAUUUCAAGCUGAACCACAUCUACCAGUUUGAGUACGUGUCCCAGCACCUGGUGUUCGCCAACUGCAUCCCGCUGAUCCUGAAAUUCUUCAACCAGAACAUCAUGUCUUACAUCACUGCCAAAAACAGCAUCUCCGUCCUGGAUUAUCCGCAUUGCACGGUCUGCGACUUGCCCGAGCUCACGGCAGAAAGUCUGGAAGCCGGAGACAACAACCAGUUCUGCUGGAGGAAUUUGUUCUCCUGCAUUAACUUGCUGAGGAUCCUCAACAAGCUGACCAAGUGGAAACACUCGAGGACAAUGAUGCUGGUGGUGUUUAAGUCGGCCCCGAUCCUGAAGCGCGCUCUGAAGGUGAAGCAGGCCAUGAUGCAGCUCUAUGUGCUCAAGCUGCUGAAAAUCCAGACCAAGUACCUGGGGCGGCAGUGGAGGAAGAGCAACAUGAAGACCAUGUCUGCCAUCUACCAGAAGGUGCGGCACCGCAUGAACGACGACUGGGCCUACGGCAACGACCUUGUCAGAGCGAUGCUUUCCGCGCUAUUUGGGUGCUGUUCCUCCCCCACCGCAGAUAUCGACGCCAGGCCGUGGGAUUUCCAGGCUGAGGAGUGCACGCUGAGGGCCAACAUCGAAGCCUUCAACAGCCGCAGGUACGACAAGCCGCAGGACUCGGAGUUCGCCCCGGUGGACAACUGCCUGCAGAGCGUGCUGGGCCAGCGCCUGGAGCUGCCCGAGGACUUCCACUACUCCUACGAGCUCUGGCUGGAGCGGGAGGUGUUUUCACAGCCCAUUCGUUGGGAGGAGCUGCUGCACUGCCAGUGACCCCGAGAGGAGCAUUGGGUUGGAUAUGGGGGGGUUUAAACACAGCUGGGGGGGAAAAUAAAUAAAUUUAAACUUUCCAAAGAGACCAGGUGUCUCUGUGCCUAGCUGACACCUCUUUUUGGAGGCUCCUGUGAGUUCUUGGAGGCCAGAAAGUGUUGGCAGAGGGCAUGGAGCAGGUUGCAGAGCGAGCUCAGGUGUGUCUCUAAGCUUGGUGUAAGGAUUCCAGCUGGGAAUUCCAUCCCUUCCCACGCUGUUCCUCGUUUGUUUGGAUCUAUUCGGUUCUGGCUGGCUGCUGAUGUGCUCCCAACACCAGCCCCAGGGUCCCAGGAGCACAGCUUGGCUUGGGAUGGAGACAACAUUCCGUGUUGUCCCUGGCUGAGAGUCCUGGUGCCACCAGGGACGGGUCCUGCGUGGUCCCCUAGACACCCACCCGUCACCUUUUCACUGCUGCUCUCCUUCACUCACCUUUAUUAAACCAACCUGCUGUGCUGGGCAGUGUUUAGAGCUUGGAGGUCCCAUUUCUCUGCCCCUUUCUCUCCCCUUCUUCAGCCCUGAGGAGACAACAAAUACCACUUUAAAUAAUCCUGUUUUAACACAGAUUUUUGGUUGUUUGGGGGAAUGUCUGUGCCAGGUCUUAGAGUGGGGAGGGAAAAGUGCUUUGGUGAAGGAUUUGUGAGGAAAAGAGUGGAUUCUAUGGUCCAUAGCUUUCAGAAUGAAUAGGAUACUGAGCUGUAAAUUUUGUAUCGAUUUAAUAACUUAAUAUUUAAAUUAAAUAAUGAACACUUCACUUGAGUAAACCAGCGUUGCAUGAGGGUGGCAUUUGUCAAAGCAUCUGUGUGUUCAUAUAGGGCAGGGAGGCCCUAAAUAAACAAGUGUUUGUUAUGGCAGGAUUUGUGCUAAUUGCUUAAAUAAUUAAUUAACCUGGGAAUGUUUCCUUCAUGGGGUUUGUCCAAGGCCUUGUUUAUGGAAAUGGAAUUAAACCUUUUAAAACCUUUUAAAAUAGGCUUUUGUUCAAAAUAAACCAACUUUUAAAGGACACCUCUUUAAUUAA